CAUUUGAAGUUUAUGUGUUCUUUGGUUGAGACGAACGAUUUAGGAGGACACGUGCUGUGCCGAUACGAGGUGGGUGAGCGAUUCGUUUAUUUGUCAGACGUUGGGGUGGCAUUACCAGGUUCGAGGCAUUUAAGAGAGUUGAAGAUUAGACAUGUAUUGUCUGUAGUGGAGUUUGAGAGCUUAGAUAAUGGUCGAAAGGAGCCAUUUUGGGCUUCGUUAGUGAGGUUGUACGAGACGUCCGAGGCUGAGAGGGGUUGGAUUCAGUGGGAAGAGAGCUCAUCUUGGGUUAAGGUUGUCGUAGAUUUACCGAGUGGUAUUUUGUACUGUAAUCUGAGCGUUCCGGAUCUCAGCGAUCCGAAACUUCUCGAGAAGCUGAUCCCUCCGGUGGAUCCGGUGGAAUUACUUUGCCUGGCGACGCUAUACAUUCAGAAGUGCGUCGAGUUUGGGAACGUGUUGGUCCAUUGCACCAAGGGCCAACGGCGCUCUCCGACAAUUUUUUUGGCAUGGCUUGUGACUCAAGGAUAUAGUUUGGCGCAGGGCAUGAAGUAUCUCGAGGAACGCUACGAGGGAGAGAAGGAUUGGGGAGUAGGCUAUCGCAAGAGUCGGAGUUUUUGGCUCGAGUUCCUUGAGAAAGUUUGGUACCCCAAUUGGCGGGAGCAUCAGCGAAAGUGGUGUGAAAGAUAUUCUGCGGGCUUCGAAAAAAUUUUUGAAAAGUUUCAUCCUUCGGCAGUUGGGCUAUGUCGAAAUUCUGGGAGUAGAGAAGAAGAGGAUGGAGCCGAGCGGAGGAGGACGGACUGUUCCCUCGUAUCUGGUGGUAAUUCUAAGAGGAGAGUUCAUGUUGUUACACAGAAGAUGGUUCCAAAGUUAUGGAACAAGCGAUUAAAGAGGUAA